AUGUCCACGAAAGAAGGCGUUUGUCGAAUAUGUCAUAGGGAUAGAGGGAGGCUUGUCAGCCCUUGCACAUGUGAGGGUUCGAUGAAGUAUGUUCACUCAAGGUGUUUAUCGGAUUGGGUGUACCAUCGGCGAUCACUUUCUUGUGAGGUGUGUGGAACGACGUACAGUGCCGCCAAGGUGUUCAAUUUUCAAUUGACUGAUGGGGCACCCGGAUUUUUUAUAUUGUGUUGGAUUUGUGCUAGGCACUACAUGAAGCGAUAUCUUGGGAUGCUGACCUUUGCGGUACUCCAUACGCUUGUUGUUAUUUUUAUCCCCUUUAUUGUGGCGUUUUUUCACUACGCCAUUCCUCCAUCCGACCCUCUUGCUAUGCGUUGGCAUCCCGUCAUUCAAUUGCUCCCGGAGUCAGGACCCUUUUCGCCACAGAUUUUUUUUGCGGUGGGUGCAGUGCUCACACUCUGUGCAGUCCCUCUUUUUUUGUUGUGGAAGAAAUGGCAGGAGUGGCUUGCAUUGGGGGAGGGGGACGUGCUUGGUCUUGAUUUCGGGGAGGAGGAGGAGGCGGCGCAGCAGCCCAGCGUCAACCCCGUUCUUGUGGAGUCCGACGAGGAGGUUGACGAGGAGCCCGAUGGGGAGAUUGGAGGACAGCGCUUGGUCCCGGCUACUCUUCCGGAGGAAAAUGCAACGGUUUUCGAGGCCAUCACUUUACUGAGGCAGAAGUCAAAGGACCAUUUCGGUGGGGGAUAUUUGUCUUCAAACGUGUUCCAUUCCAGUUUGCACUUUAUUUUGUUUUAUGCGGCCAUGUGGACAUUUCUAAAGUUUGUUCCGGAAAUAAUGCGUCUGACUGCAGCAUUCCUAUGGAAUUUUUUUGAUGGCGGUUCCAACUGUAACGCCGCCUUGGAGAGGGUUCUGCAGUUGACAGCUAUCUCAGAGGGUAAUUCUAGGAUGCGCCAUGCCAUGUUAAUGUUAUUUGUAGAUGCCUUGGGAAGCUCGACUUUGAUUUCUUGGUCCAUUUUAUAUGUGAGACGAAGUUUUUCAUUAUGGUGUAUUUUUUGGCUUGUGAAAUAUCUGCGCCGGCUGCCACAUCGUAAAACACUUUCUUUUUUGGUUGUAUAUUUUCGCGGAAUCUUGAACGUAAUUGCACUUACGUGCUAUGGCCUUUUAACGGUUUGUUUUUUGACGACGCUGAUCUGCCUGGAAUUUUUCGUAGCCGAGACGUCAUUUGCUUCCAACGACUAUGAAACGGCAUGGAAAAUAGCAACGGGGGUUUCAAGCAAAAAGAUGGAUCAUGCGUUGGCCUUGGGGCAUCGGCCACAAGUUGGUACGGGUUCUUCACCCUUGACUAUGCUGAAGGCCCUGAGUGUCCUUUCGGGGGUUCAUGAGAAUGACACAUGUGGCAAUUUUGGGGACGUACAAACGCGUCUCAUGACGACUGGGGCCAAUAUUUCUGAUGGUUUCAACCGUAGUGCCUGGGCUGUGGACGGUGAUGAUCCAUUACUACUGCCACUCUUUAUCGCUACAGUUUUUGUGUCCAAAGUUGACAGUGUAUCGAUAGUGGAAAUGGGAUAUAUGGCAGUGUAUUUUGCCCUUUUUCUUCCGUGCAUGGCGCGUUUUCUAAUUCAUACAGUUCCUGUGGAGUGGUUGAGUUGGAGUUCACUUUACAGGUUGCUUCACUCGAACUUGUUUGAAGGCAUUCGUUUUUGUGAUCUGAAGGCGCUUAUUUUUAUCUAUGGUGAGAUCCUUGUGUACACAGUGGUGUGUUCAUUUACGCUUCUUCGGUGCUCACUUGCCCUUGUGCGUGUCAUCAACCCCUCACUUGUACCUAUAGCAUUGCUGGCCAACACCAGUAUCCCCUCUUUUGCGUGCUGGAUGCGGUUGUCUCUCCUUUGCUACACGACACAUCGAGAUGUGCUGGAGGGGGCGUACAAGCUGUUGACUUCCACACUGGAGAACGUAUUUAAUAUCAGGCAGGUGAUGCACGGAGGCUCUUUUUCACUGCCGCGUGUUCUUUCACGUGCUGUGCGUAUCUUGGCAUUUGUGAUUUUCUAUUGGCUGGUUACUGUCGUGACUUUGGCGGCGCAUGCCAUCCCCGGGCUGCACGUGCUGGGCAAGCGGGGCAGUCUGGUGCGACUAUUUCUUCUCUUUGAUGUUCAACUUCACAUAAUCCUUUAUAGCCUUUUUCCACUGGGGUUCCCGCAGCAAGGAGGUCUCCUCAGGGUUUUGUCUCCUCGAAUUGGUCUUUUACUGGCUCACUGGAAGCACCGCUGGUGGUUUGGCUCAUGUCUUGGUUUGUGGUUGGAUUCAAGUGAGGUUCGGGCGGGAAACCGCCUUGGCUACAGCGUUCGGUCUAUUCGUAAAGUGCCCGGGGACGUUGGUUCCAGAUUUUUAUCUUCCAUUGAUGCCGUUUUAGUCCGCUUGGAGGAGUACAAAAAAGGCCCACGUGGGACGCGCCCCAUUGAGCGACUCCAAGAGACGCUGAAGUCUCUUGCGUCAAAGAAUGACGUCAUCUACUUUUUCCUUGAGGAGGAUGUGCGUCUCCUUCUUGAGUGCAUGAAUCCGCCCACGAUUCAACAGUUCCUUUGUUACAUUUUGAAUUGUGUGGUGCUUCUAAUUCUUCAGCCUUUUUUCUCUGGCGCGGCUUGGGUGGUAAUGGUGCGGAGAUUCUUCUUUAAACCGCACUGCAAUGUGGGUGUCGACGCUUGGUUUAUUCUCUUGGCGUGGUUUUGUGGGGUUGCGAUAACAGUUUCAUUGUGUACGAUGCGUGUGAAGGUAUUCGGUGCCCCGAAGCGUUUGCUGGUGUAUUUGUUUUGCGGCUGUCAGCAUUUUACGAUAAAAAAUGCAAUGGCGUUUAUUUUGAUACCUCAUUUUAUGCACAUUGCCUCCAUCUCUUUUGUACCGUACACACUGCACAAUCUUUUGUGCUUUCUUCUGGUAUCAGGAGGGAGGGAGCGGUAUUGGACAGGGCAUGUGUUUUACUACGUGGCAUCUACAGUAUUGCUGGGCGCCUGGUCUUUUCUUCUGGAAAUGCGUGAGAUUGAAAGGCGUUACCGGAACAAGCUACGCGGUGUAGUUGAGGGCGGGGCUGAGCGAUUGAUUUUGCCCCGUGUGUUGGGGCAUUCCGUUCGUGUAUUUCUCUUGGACACCCCUGCGGACGGAAGAGCGCGCGUGAGGGAUGGUGAGGUCGCACCCGGACGUGAUGUCGGAGUUGGUGCUCCGCAGCAAAUUCAUGACGUGGAGGACCUUCGUGGAAAAAUUAUGGGAAAUGCAAGAGCCUUUGUGAACUCCGUAACCGAGUCGGCUGUGCGCUUCCUAAGAAAGGUGGCUGAAAGACAAAAUAUUAUGGGAGUCGUAUUCGUUGACCACCCGUCGGUUUCAGCGUGA